CCCCUCUUCUUUUACCAACCCCAUUUUCUCCAUACUUGUGUUGUUUAAGUUUUUAACCUCCAUUUUCUGAUAAAGGUCUUAAAGGGUGUCUAAAUAUUGGAUUUUCUUUAAAAUAUGUUUAACUUUUUGUGUUAUUGUAACUUUCCCUCUACUUCUUCCGAAAGUUACUGAAAAUAGGAAGUUACCAACCCCAUUUUCUCCGUACUUGUUUUGUCCAAAUCUUAAAGGGUGUCCAAAUAUUGAAUUUUCUUGGAAAUUCUUAAAACCCUUUUGUAGUUUUUGUAACCUUCGACUACUCCUGUUGAUCUUUGCAGGCAAAAGGGUGGUUGAAUUGUUACCUUUUUGGGGUUGUUUGACCUUUUCAAGUAACGAUUUUUGGACCAAUUUAUGUAUAUUUUGUGCGAUUGGUGAAAAAGAGAGGUUAAAAUAUGGUGACUAAGGUGACUUCCCCUAGGAAAUCUAUACACACAGUAUUAGGGAGAGUUGGGGUUUAUGGGUUUGGUGGUAGCAGUCAGAAAAGAUGCAAAUAUGAUUUUCAAGAUGAAGAUGAUACCAUGGAAAUGGUGCAAAUUGGUGCUGAAAGGACUAAAAAUGUGCUUAUUUUGAUGAGUGAUACUGGUGGUGGUCAUAGGGCUUCAGCUGAGGCAAUUAGGGAUGCUUUCAAGUUAGAAUAUGGAGAUGAAUAUAGGAUUUUUGUCAAGGAUGUUUGGAAGGAAUACACUGGCUGGCCAUUGAACAACAUGGAACAACAAUACAAAUUCAUGGUUAAACAUGUUGGCCUUUGGAGCGUCGCAUUUCAUGGCACGUCACCUCGGUGGAUACACUCUGUUUAUCUUGCUGCUAUUGCCGCCUUCUACGCCAAAGAGGUAGAAGCUGGCCUGAUGGAGUACAAGCCAGACAUAAUUAUUAGUGUUCAUCCUCUUAUGCAGCACAUUCCUUUAUUGGUUCUUAAAUGGCAAGGCCUACAGAAGAAAGUUAUUUUCGUAACAGUCAUUACGGAUCUCAACACUUGCCACCGUACAUGGUUUCAUCCAGGAGUCAAUCGCUUGUACUGCCCCUCAGAGGAGGUAGCAAAGAGGGCCUUACUAGAUCGCUUGGAAGAAUCUCAAACACGCGUUUUUGGAUUGCCCAUCCGGCCUUCUUUUUGUCGAGCAGUUCUUAUCAAGGAUGACCUUAGAGUGGAACUUGAGAUGGAUCCCACAUUGCCAGCUGUUUUGCUGAUGGGUGGCGGUGAAGGGAUGGGUCCUGUGAAAAAGACUGCAAAGGCUCUUGGAGAAGCACUCUUCAAUAAGGAACUUGGCAAACCUAUUGGUCAAAUGAUUGUCAUAUGUGGACGCAAUGAAGCCCUAGCAUCCACAUUACGAUCACUCGAAUGGAACAUCCCCGUUCAGAUCAAAGGAUUUCAGACACAAAUGGAGAAGUGGAUGGGUGCUUGUGAUUGUAUUAUCACAAAGGCUGGACCUGGUACGAUUGCAGAAGCAUUAAUCAGGGGGCUUCCCAUUAUUCUGAACGACUACAUUCCUGGACAAGAGAAGGGAAAUGUUCCAUUUGUGGUUGACAAUGGAGCCGGUGUUUUCACGCGACGCCCCAAGGAAACAGCUCGGAUUGUUGCAGAAUGGUUUACCACCAAAAGCGAUGAGCUGAAAACGAUGUCAGAGAACGCUCUGAAACUUGCACAACCUAAUGCAGUCUUUGAUAUUGUGAAGGAUAUACAUGAGCUGGCAUGCCAGAGAGGUCCUCUUGCCAAGAUUCCUUACAUAUUGACAUCUUCAUUUUCAAACUUAAUUUAACAUUAUCAGAUUGAAGUUUACUUACCAGGUCUAUAAAGGUUUGUUGUAGUAACAUAUUAUGUAGGAGAGUAGGUUCAAUGAUCAGUCUCAUUCUUUGGCCACAAAGGCUUGGUGUGCCCUUUCAAAGGGCCCCUUUGUAAGCUGUAAUUUUUUUGCUAGAGAAAUUGUUAUCCUUGGUUAAAAAAUACAAGAGGCUGAGUGUCCACUGGAAACAGGCUCUCCACCUUCGUAAGGUAGAGGUAAGGUUUGCAUACA